AUGAUCGAGUUAGAAAUGGCAGAUGGCAGCCUCAUCGACGAACUGAUGGAGCUGACAGCUCAGAGCCUGAGUCGCCUGGAGAUUAACGACCAUUUCAACAUUAUCAAGGAAAUCGGCCGUGGCAAAUAUGGCAAAGUUUUACUGGUCACUCAUCGUUGCAGGGGUACCCCCAUGGCCCUGAAAGUCAUGCCAAAGGCCUCGACCAAGCUGCAGGGCUUCCUGCGGGAGUACUGCAUCUCCCUUCAUCUCUCCUGCCACCCUUGCAUCGUGGGCCUCUUUGGCAUCGCCUUCCAGUCUGAGGAGCACUAUGGCUUUGCACAAGAGCUUGUCAUCGGCAAGGACCUGUUUGCUGUUAUUCAGCCACGGGUGGGCAUCCCAGAAGGUGCCGUCAAGCGCUGCGUCCUGCAAAUAGCCAGUGCCCUGGAGUUUAUUCACGAACAUGGUCUGGUGCAUCGCGACGUCAAGCCUGAGAACAUUCUGCUGCUGGACCGGCACUGCUGUCGGGUUAAGCUGGCCGACUUUGGCCUCACUCAGAAAAGGGGGACGCUGAUCCGCCUCAUCUCGGGCACCCUGCCCUACAUGGCCCCAGAGCUGUGUGCUAUGGCUGUGGAGCCUGGAGAGCGCAGACCUAGAGCUGAACCCCUCAGUGUGGAGCCCAGCCUGGACACCUGGGCCUUUGGUGUUCUCAUCUUCUGCAUUCUCACUGGUUACUUUCCCUGGGAGCGCUGCACCACCUCAGAUGACUUCUACCAGGAGUUCGCGGACUGGUGCCAGUCGCCUGCAAAGGCAGCAACGCCGUCGCAGUGGAAGAGGUUCACACCUGCUGCUCUGGAGAUGUUCAGCAGGCUGCUGGCGGUAGAUGCCUCGCACAGGUGCACUGUGGGUGAGGUGGAGGCAUAUAUAAAUGUGGACUGGGUGAGGACAGUGCCACCUGGAGAGCUGGUAGGGGAUGAUGGGAUGGUCAAAGCCACAUCGACACUCAGUGUGAAAAGGAGCAGCCUUGUACAACAGAUGGAGGCAGAAUAA